AUGUUUUGUUGGGACCUGCUGAGCGAGUCACCUGACGGCGUGCUGGACCUCAACUGGGCCACCGAGGUCCUCGAGGUGCAGAAGAGACGCAUCUAUGACAUCACCAACGUGCUGGAGGGCGUGCAGCUGAUCCGCAAGAAGUCCAAGAACAACAUCCAGUGGUUGGUGGGCGGCGUGUUCGAGGGCUCGGCCAGCAGCGGGGAGAAGUCACGUGCCCUGCGGCGGGAGCUGGGUGAGCUGGAGAGGGCCGAGAAGGCCUUGGAUGACCUGAUCACGUCCAGUAGUGCCCAGAUCAAGGAGCUGACCGAACACAGAGACAACCAGCGGCUAGGCUACGUUACCUACCAGGACAUCAGGUCGAUAGCCCGUCUGCAGGACCAGACGGUCAUCGCCGUCAAGGCCCCAUCAGAAACCAAGCUGGAGGUCCCAGAGUCCUCAGGGGGCUCCCAACAGAUCUACCUGAAGAGUAAGAACGGCCCCAUCGAGGUGUACCUCUGUCCCGAGGAAGGUCUGGAGGAUGCCAGCCCCGUCAAGAGCACCACCACCCCCAGGAAAGAGUACUCUCAUCACCCCCUGGGUCACACUGCCACCACCUCCCCAGCCAUGGCACCACCACAGUACACCACCAUCAAACAGGAGGUCAAGCAGGAGCCCAUGGAGGCUGAACUCUCCAGACCAACACCGGUGGUCCCCAACUCUUCCACCAGCAGCAGCACUACCCUCCUGGACGUAGAAGGUCUCCUGGGCCUUCCCCCCAGCAUGCUCCAGAUGACAGAGGACCAGCUCCCAGGCCCCGGGUUCACCCCUGACCCCAACGCCCCCUUUGUCAGCUUCUCACCGCCCCUAGACCACGACGACUACCUAUGGGGGCUGGAGGACAGCGAGGGCGUGUCCGACUUCUUCGACACCUACGACCUGGGAGACCUGCUGCGAAGCUGAGAGACGUAGAUAGACUUUGAAUCCUAAAUCAAGCUCUACAUUCUAAUCACUUGAGUAGAUCUGAGAGGGUUGGAUAGGUGUAAAGUGGCACUGGCAACCCUGUCAGGGUUUUUAAGGUUUACGGUCUAGCAGUUGAUUUGGGAUUCAGGAAGAGAGGGAGGGAGAGGAGGGAUGGGAGAGGGUAGACUAUCUGCACGAAUAGGGCCAGGAGUUCUUCCCACAUCGUGUGACCUGGAGAAACUUGUUCAUCUAGUUAUAGCUUAGUUCUGACCAUACAAACAGAAUCACUAAAUAGAAUGAAUACAAAUAGUAAUUGACCUGACCAGGAAAACCUCCAGGCCCCAGUUGUAAAAGGAUAUAAGUGGUCAGGGAAAACUCCAGGCCCUAUUCAUGAGGGAGUAGUGUCCUCUGUCGGGGUACGGGGUAGGGAGGAAAUGUUACACUAUGAAGCCAUUAACUCUUUGCUUUAGCCAUGUCUAUUCCACGUUAAUGAUUUGUCCGAAAAAAAUGGGUCUCUUUGUGUUAAUUGUACAAAUAUUUUUAUACCUUUGUGGUUUGGAAUUCAGAGUAGGGCCUGGAUUGACACUGGUGUGUGUGUUUGUGUGUGUCCAGCUUAUAAAGCACUCAAUGUUUUUGUUUUGUGUAUUUGUAUAGCGGACAGUUCGUAUCCGUCACAUUUAAAUUGUAAUGUGUGCUGCGUAAAAAUAUAGACACAGCACAUUUUGUAUGAAUAUCUGAUGAGCAAAAAACCCCGCAAAAAACAACUUGGGCAUUUUGGGUAGGGGGUGUUAUAUUAACUCUCAGGAAUGUUGUCUUUUCCAGUCAAAAUGUUUAUAGUACCGCUCUUUGGCCAUUAGGGGGAAACAUUGUAUUAUGUCAGCUUAAACUCGCCAUCUUUACAGGGUUGAAUCAUUGUAUGUGAAGCUAAACCAGGGUCAUGUUCAUAAGGAAGAACAUUUAUAGAACUCGGAGUUAAACAUGACCCUGGCACUACCCGAACGUGUCCAAUAAGAACGUAGAUUGUCUUUGUCCGUUGCAAAAUGUUUCAAAACGUUGUGCCCUGUUGAACACGACCCAGGUACCAACCAUGGAGUCUCUGGUGCUAACAUAAUAUGGCGUUUCAACAAGGUGUAGGAGUAUGGGUAAUUUAGUUGUUGGGUAUACCCAAGACAUUUGUUUAUAUUGGGGAUCUGGUCACUGCCUCCAGCCUCCAGCUUUAUGGAUAGUCAGGUAGUGUAAUCUUCUGUGUCCCGUGACAGGAUGUGUCCACAUCACAUCGUAGAGGUUAGUUAGAAGCUGUUCUGGACCCAUAGCCAAAUGGUUUUGACCAGAGGCCCAUAAGAAAUAAGGUGCUAUUUGGGAUGCUUCCUGGGUCUUUUUAGUGAAGGAUAUUAUCUACCAAUCCCUAUUCUAUAUGUCCCUAUUCUAUAUGUGACUGACUACAGUAUCGUGCUUUGCUUGCGAAUCGGCAGCUAGGUUUCACAUCCUGAAGCUUCUCUAUCAAGAUGCAUUUGAUAGUGUUUAAAAAAAAAAAAAAAAGUUAACUUUGUAGUAUUGAAUGACUAUAUUUCCAAGGAAAUUAUCCAGUAAGGGUAAUAAUAUACGACAACAUCUGGCUUUUAAUGUGUGUUUUGAUUUAGUCAGUCAUUAAGAUUAAAUAGAGGGCAAUCGUCAUAUCCCCGCUUCUUCUGAAACUAGAUGAAGUCUUUGAUUCAAUGGUGGUUUGUGUGUUGUCAAACCCACUCUAGGGAUCAAAGAGGAUGUCAUAUCUUUUCUCUGUUUUCUUUAGUUAAUGAAGGCUUAGCCCCACGUGUGUGGUAGUUUAAACCUCGGAGAAAAGAGCCAGAAUGGUACCCCAAGGUCAAAGUUGGGUCUCUUUAGACUGAGUUGUGUUCAUUAGGCACCAAAACGGAACAAAACGUACUGAAAUGCGGAGGAACUAUCACUGAUUGUUGUUUCCCAUUGCAAAGUGUUUUAAAACGUUUUCCAUGGUGUGCUCUAAUGAACACUAGUCUAGGAGUUUAAAGGAUUUGGACACAUCUGAGGACAAAUUUUUUACUGAAUUGUAUUUUGGUGCAUUUUCUGCCUCUUUCCACAAUGUGGGUUUAAGUCAAUUGUCCUGUCCUAACAAACUUGAAUAUUUUGUGUGUGUGUGUGAAUGUGAAAGGGUGGGAAAGGUGUAGAUUUUUAGACAAUUUGAAUACAACAAUCUAGUUUUUUUUAAAUGGAGUAUUAUUUUUUGUAACUGUACAGAAUUGAUUUUGUAUUUAUAAUCUUUUUCCUGAAGUAAUUUGGAAAGUUUAAUACUGACCAUUGUUAAAGAGCAACGGUCUCUGAUUGACAUGCGGCACUUAAUAUUUUGUAAUAUUGGGGUCUGUUUGAAUAAAUAAAGUAUUGACGCCAUGGUGUAAACUU